AUUCAGGGCUAUUCAAUGUAUUACAUUUUUUAUUGAGAGACAGUCAUUUUUUCCUGCUCGCCAUUUCAUGAUAAAACAUUUUUAUCGACCAACAGAUGGCACUAUCUGCGUUUUGUGACAGCUGACGUCCCCGAAGAACUCCCAAAUGCGGAAGUACUGGUCAGCUGACAGCUUCGUGAUUCAGAGAAGAAAUAAAAUCCAGUCAUUGCUUGUUUUUGCUAUUUUAUCUUGUAGAAUUAAAUAAUGGCAGGACGAGGUAAAUUAAUUGCCGUCAUUGGUGAUGAAGAUACGUGUACCGGGUUCCUACUCGGUGGCAUUGGCGAGCUGAAUAAAAAUCGUAAACCGAAUUUCUUGGUGGUCGAAAAGGAGACCAGCAUCGCAGAGAUAGAGGAGACCUUCAAGAGUUUCCUGACUCGCAAUGACAUCGGCAUCAUCCUAAUCAACCAGUUCAUAGCAGAGAUGAUCCGUCAUGCCAUCGACCAGCACAUGGAGUCCAUCCCUGCCGUGCUGGAGAUACCCUCCAAGGAGCACCCAUACGACGCCUCCAAGGACUCCAUCCUACGCAGGGCCAAGGGCAUGUUCUCCGCUGAGGACUUCCGAUAAACACGCAACACGUACCCAAAGAUGCAGUGUCGCGGUCUGGGCAGGGACAGAGAUGGAAGAGGGGGACUUUGGAGACUGUCCAUGAUCCUAAAUUAGUUAUCUUGUGCAAUGCUAUGGAAGGCUGUAAAGUAUGCCUGAUGGCAGUUUCAUGUGUUAUCCAUAUUGACUGAGUCCAUAAUUGGUCCCCACAGUCCACCUCUCAUCUCUUGCCUGGGUCCUGUUCCAUCCACCUGGCAAUGCACUUUCACCAGACCGAAUGUUGAAUUGUUUGAUGUAAUAUUUAGUUUUUCAUUCCUUUGCCUGGAGCAUUAUGGUAUUACUAUUCAUUGACCACAUUGAUGGUUGAAUUGUUUUGCUGUAUGCCUUUUCGGGUUAUUCAUGCUGUUGUAUGAAGUCUUACACAGGUACUGUAUCUUGUGGUCUCAUCAAGUCUGUUUUUCAAAUGCUUGCUUCAUUUUGUCAUAACCUUGGAGAGCAUGCUUGCAUAAGACGUCUUGGCAAAGAAUUGUGGAUAGUCAUCUGCAAUUCAUUGAGUGUAACAUUUGUCAGAGCAUGCAUGUGACUGUCUGUUCUAACUUCACAUUUGUCAUUUAUGGAAACAGUCCUAAUGCCCUUAUUUGGAUCUUCACAAAAAAAAAACUGCAAAGUAGUAUUUCAUCAUCUGGUGAAGUGAACAGUAUAAUUCCCCAAUCCACAGGGUACAGCUCAACAGAAAAUUCACAAAAUUAACAGCUUGAAAUAAAUGUGAAGCACUGCAAAAUGACUACCUGUUGUAAUGUAUUGUGACAGUUUUAACUUAUACCUGUAACAAAAACAAAUAGAUGUUUACAAAAAUAAAUUAUUCUAUCCAACCUG